AUGACGUGGAAUUGUCAGGGUUGCGGAAGUCAUCGCUUUCUCCGAUCUUUUAAAGAGUAUACUCAGGACCAUAAGCCUCAUAUGUUAGCCUUGUUGGAAACCCGUAUUAGUGGGCGUAAAGCCGAUAGUGCCAUCAACCGCACUCGUUUUGCCAGAUCCUAUAGAGUUGAAACUGCGGGCCCAAAGAAGAACAAAAGGAAAGCGCUCUGGAAGGAUCUUAAUGAAGGUCAUAAUAACAUAAGUGUGCCCUGGGUUCUUGCGGGAGGCUUCAAUGCCAUUCUCUCCAAUACCGAGAAAAGAGGGGGUUCCACUAGAACGAAUGGGUGCAAACACUUUCAAGAAUUUAUAGACAAAAACCAUCUUCGUGAUUUGGGUUUUAAAGGUCCUCGAUUUACUUGGAAUCGUGGGAUGAUCUAUGAACGACUCGACCGCAUGGUAGCCAAUGUGAAGUGGACAGAGCUUGCUCCGAAAGCCUCGGUCAUCCACCUCCCUCGGCUCAAAUCAUAUCAUCUUCCGAUUCUUCUCCAGCCCUCGAACCGCCUUUUAUCCCAGACAGUUAAACCCUUUCGGUUCCUUGCCAGUUGGACUACGCAUCUGGACUUCAAUCAGUUCGUUCGUGGCGGUUGGCACAGUGAAGGUAAUAUCAUUAACUCUCUGAGUAAUAGUACUAAUGAUCAGGGUUUUAAAUCGUGA